UGUUUGUGUGUGUGUGUGUGUGUGUGUGUGUAUUUAGCAUCCAUAAUAGCUUGUCAUAUAUGGUAGCUGAGAUUGAUUGUCAUCAAUGAUGAUGAUGAUGAUAAUGGAUACAAAUAAAUUCAAUUAUUCUUACCUGUUGCUAUUUGCAAUAUUCUGUAAUUUUCAAUCAAUGGUAACCAGUUAUGAAUGUUAUGUAUGCAAUAAUCAAGAAGAUAAUAAUGGUAAAUGUAUUCGUACUGUUCGUACUUGUAAUCUAGAUGAUAAUAGCUGUAUGACUGUUGUUCGAUGGGGAAGUACACCUUAUUGGGAUCCAACUGGACAGAAACAAUAUUAUAUAUCGAAAAGAUGUACAACUUUGGCUCAAUGUCAGGAAGCACGUGAAAAUUCCAGUCGUCGUUGUGAUCGUAUCUGGUAUAAUGAUUGGGAAUGUGUUGAAUGUUGUACUGGUGAUCGAUGUAAUUAUUACAUUACUCUUGGAACUUCGACCAUUCAUGGCAAUAUGGUCAUGAUUAUCGUUUCGAUUGCUGCCUUUAUUACAAUUGUCACAUAUUUCAGAUAGCCAUAAUGUCCAAUUGCACAGUAUUAUUUAUAUACAUUCAUUCAUAUUUGUAAUUUGUUAAUCGUACAUAAUUCACAUUCAUUUUGCAUUUUGCAUUUUUUUUUAUUGAAAUUAAAAUUUACCAAAUAUAUUCGAUAAGGGUUAUAAUUUGAAAAAAUUGUUUUUAUUUUAAUUUUUUCAUAAAAAAAAGAGUCAAACAUAAAGUACGUGACAUUUUUGGUCGAAUCUUGUCAUCACAUGUUUUUAUUUUCGAUCGUGGAUUAUAUAUACCAUUAUUAUUAUUAUUAUUGCAUCAUAAUGUUGGAUCGUAUCUUUAAUUAUCGUUCAUCAUCAUCAACAACACCGGAAUCUGGUUAUGAAGAUUGUUUUCAAUGUCGUAUGAUUGGUGGUGGUGGCCUAAUCGGUCUUGGUAGUUAUAUUAUCUAUUAUUCAUUUCAACGACGAAAUAUUCCAACCGCAAAUAAAUUAUCUGUAUUUGCAUCAGCAUUCAUUGGAUCCGUAGUGAUGACAUUGGGAACGUUGCGUUUACUUGGCAUCCAUGAAUUGGAUAAUGUUCCAAUCAAACAAUCGAAAAAAAUUCAACAUGAAGAAUCACGAUAUGAAUAAGUUAUCAUAGAUUGUAAAUACAUCUGUUUUUUUUUUAUUCCAAGAUUUUUUGUUUGUUUAAUGAACGAAAAAAAAUGAACAUAUAAAUCACCUUGUAUGUAUAAGUGGGGAUAUUGGUUGAUGUGUGUAACAAGUAAAUCAAUUUAUAAAUAAAACACAAUCAAUAUGUAUUAUUUGUUGUAGACACUCCAAAAUGAUGAAAAUAAAAAUUUUUUUCUUUUUUCUUGGGAUUUUCAUAGUAAACAAAAAAAAUGUUUUUCCCAAAUCCAAAACUAAAUCUUAAUCUGUAGCUUUAAAAUAUAAUCCAAAAAUGAAUGUUCAUGUGUUUGUGUGUUGAUGAAUUCUUCUACAAUCAUUAUUCUCUGACUAAAUCAUCCAAAACAAAACACCUGUUUUUCAAAAUGUUUAAAAAUGGUAUUUUUGUGUCUGCGUGUGUGUGUGUGUGUGUUGAAGAAGAAAUCAUAAUACGGUUAUUUUAUGAUAAAAUAUUUUCGAUCAAAUUAAUUAGGUGAAGAA